AUGUCAUCAUUUCACACACUCCCGAUCGAUCUUGUAUAUCGAAUUUUGGAUCAAAUCGAAUCGACAUCCAUAUUUCUAGCACGCGUGGUAUGCAAACGAUCGGAUAUUAUCAUUAAUAGCCAUCAUUCAUAUCAAAAAAGUUUAGAUUAUCCGGUUCUGAGACACCUGAGCAGAUUGCAAAAUAAUACAACCGUAACUGCAUUAGAAUUGUCUCAUAACGUACUUGGAACAGACGGCGCAUAUUAUCUAGCGACGUUUUCACAGAACAACAAAGUAAGUUUCCAUAUUUCGAAUUAUAGAUCCCAUUUCUCUGCUUUUACCUUGAUACCUUUGAACUUGAAUCUUGCGUGGAAUGAUCCCAGUGCAGAUAGUAUACGAUACUUAGAUAAUGCAUUACAGAAUAACGCAGCCAGUGCUACAUUCUUUAUCAGCAGAGCCAAUAAGAUUUCAUUCCAAGCUACCCAGUAUUUAUGUAACGUCCUAAAGAAAAACUCAACAAUCAUCUCGUUAAUAUACUAUUUCAAUGGAAUUCAUGAGCAAGGUGCGCAAUACUUCGGUGAUGUUCUACGACACAAUACAACACUGACAAGUUUGAAUAUUGGUUCGAAUAAUAUUGACGAUGAUAGUAUACAACAUUUGGCUAAUGGAUUAGAAACAAAUUCAGUACAAUACGUCCUUUUGAUUUUUCAACAUCACGUUGAUAUACAGAUAUUGACGACUUUAAUUCUUUGUAAGAACAAAUUUGGACAUCAAGGAUUCGAAUUUUUGAGUAUUGCCCUUCGAAAUAACGAAACACUUAAUACUCUUGACUUUCGAGCUAAUCGAUCCUUCAAUGACGAUGCACAAUAUCUGACGAAUGCAUUGCAUGCUAAUACAGCAUUAGUGGUGUUGGAACUUUCCUGUACUAGUUUUAGCGACAAAGGAGCUCGAUAUUUGAACGAGGCGUUAGCAUAUAACACGAGUGGGUGUUCAAGGCUUGUUAAUCAUUUGGUGCCUUUAUCACUGAUUCAGAUCUUAAUAACGUUGAGUUUAUGGCACAAUGCGAUCGAAGCCGAAUAUGCUCAGUAUUUAGCUGAUGCACUAGAGGUCAAUAAAAUUUCGUACUUUCAAUACUGUUAUGGAAUUAGACACUGA